GUCUUUUUUGGAAAAUGAAACCUAUUUGUAUGAUUUCUAAUCAACCAAUAUCAGAAACAAAACAAUCAAAAGAUCAUGUAACUGUUUUACUUACUUGCAAUACAACAGGAACUGAAAAACUCAAACUUUAUUCAUUCACAAAUAUGAAAAUCCACAAUUGGAUGCAAGUUUCAAUCUGGAAUAAUUACAUUAAAAAACUUGAUACAAGAAUGAGAAUGCAAAAUAGAAAUAUUAUUCUUCUUGUUGACAAUGUACUUACACAUACUCUUUAUGAAACUACACAUGUUACAAAUAUUACUAUUGAAUUUUUACCUCCAAAUACUACUGCACACCUACAACCCUGUGAUCAAGGAAUUAUUAAUAGUUUUAAGACAAAUGAAAUUAAUUUAGAUGAUACAGCAGAUGAAAUUAAUUUAGAUGAUACAAUAUUUAUACAUUAUGAUAACAUAGUAAUUACAACAGAAAUAAGAACUAAUGAUGAAAUUCUAGUGGCAGUUCUUCCUAAUAAUGAAAAAUGA